ACCAUCACUGCCAGCCCUACAACUCGCUACUUCGCCUGUCUAACUACUCAUCGAACGAGAAGCAUGCUCCCUCGACACAAAGACCCUAAUCGACGUGGCUGGGCGAAGCGUGGGGGAAAGCCUGUCACAGGACGGCAGCGUCGACCCCUGACAGAAGACGAAGUGAGCAAACUGUCAGAGCUCAUGGAGAAAAGUUACCACUGGAAGCCUCGAGCUUUCCAAGUUGAAGGUGUUCGUGCACAGCUUGAGGGAGUCGACACGAUCAUACAGGCUGCGACAGGAUCAGGGAAGACUGCCAUAGCCGCGGGUGCGCACCUCUGGCCCGAUGGGCAACCGAAGGUUACCAUUAUGGUGUCACCGCUUCUCGCUCUGGAGGACGAGAUGGUGACAACGUUCAAAGACCAAUUCGGUCUCAAUGCUGUAGCUGUCAGUAGCCAACACGGAUCCUGCUCGCCUGCUGUGGUGAAGGACAUCCUUGCUAUGAAGUACCAAAUUAUCCUCGCAUCGCCGGAGAUGUUGCAGUCACGUACCUUCAUCAACCGUAUCCUCCGGAACUCGAAGUUCACACGCAACAUUAUCUCGCUUGUCGUCGAUGAAGCGCACUGUGUGUCCCAUUGGGGAGCUGAUUUUCGGAAGAAGUACGCGUCACUGGGUGUCAUCCGUGCAUUCUUGCCACGCAGAACACCUGUCAUCGCUGUCACUGCAACCCUUACUGGACGUGUCCGCAGAGACAUUCAAAGUAAGCUCCACUUCCCAAAAGGAGGUAGUCGCUUCAUCAACAUGGGCAAUGAUCGCUCGAACGUUGCCCUCGUUGUCCGUGCUGCCGAACACCCUCUGAACACCUACCGGGACCUUGAAUUCGUCAUCCCGCAGUCAGCCAAACAAGCAACUGAUGUACCGAAAACAUGGAUCUACGUGGACAACAUCAAUACGGGCACGGAGAUUAUCGACUACCUCGUCAAGGAGGUCCGGAGCCAUACGUCCGCAGACCCCGACACCACCUUGUCAGCAGAUAUCAUCCGGCCGUUCAAUGCGACACUCUCACCUGAAUACCGCACAGCCGCAAUGGCCGCAUUCCGUGAGGGUUCCAUUCGGAUUAUGAUCUGCACCGAGGCUGCAGGCAUGGGCUGCGACAUCCCCGACAUUGACGUUGUCGUGCAGUGGAAGCUCCCGGUAACAUUCUCAAAUUUUGUCCAGCGUGCAGGUCGCGCUGCAAGGGGGCGAGGGCGGGACGGCCUCGCCGUCCUGAUUGUCGAGCGCACUGCCUACUCUGCAGACCUAUUAGCGUCGCAGAGUACUGACGAGUCAGCGGUCAACAAUGCAAACAAGAAGGGAAAGACCUCGGCGGUACGCGGACGCAAGCGCAAAACUGGCCCACAAGUCAAAGCCGGCAAGGAUUACGCGGACUUGCACGGUGUGAACCGAGGUGGCUCGUCUAGGAAGGACGCACCCCCACAAGGCAAACAGCCUCCGCUCGAUCCCGAGUCUCUUGACGAAGGCCUGCACACGUUUGUGCAGAGUACCCACUGCAGACGGCGUGUCUGGGCCGAGGUUUUCGAGAGCCCGUACAAAGCUGCCUCGGGUCCUUGCUGCGACAUAUGCAACACGACUUUAUUCAAUCGCACACGUCCGACUGCCACGACGAAGGCUGCAAAGGCUGGAAGAAUGCCUCGAGGCCUGCCCGAUGUCAAGACACAGCUCAGCCUGUACGAAUGGCGAGACAGCGUCUUCACUCGCGACCAUGCGAAGGCACAGUACGACUCGACGGCCAUUUUGGACGAUGCAACAGUUGAACGGCUGGCAUCCGCGGGCUCUCUGCCGCGCGAGAGCCUCACGGCGAUCCUCAAGUCGACCUGGAUCUGGUGGGACAAGUACGGGACGGAGCUAAUGUCUCACAUGGAGUCGCUCGACGUUGUGUUCACGCCGCCGCCGAAGAAGUCCAAGGCAGGGCAGGCGACAACAUCGCUAUCCUCACCUGCAGCGACGAUGCCGCCAGCCACACGAUCUACAUGCGCAGGAAACACGUCAACAGACGACUCCGCCGUCCAUGCAGUCGAGCCCCAGCUUGCGUCCGUAGCGAGUGGCUCGACCUCUACGCCCUCAUCUGCGCAGAAGCGCGCUUCUGGUGACGACCUCGACGCGCCAUCUGCAGACACCACGCAUUCAGACGGCAGCAGGAUCGCGCCACGACCGACCAAGCGGAUGCGUAAGACGACUGCCCCAACUGCGUCGACCGCAUCGCCGGCAGUCCCAGUCGAGACCUCCAGCUCUCCUCCUCUCGCGCUCGGCGAUCAUCACGCACCUACGGGCCCUCCAUGUACCUCCACUACUACCACACCAUCCACAUCGGGUCAGGUAACGAUCGUCGACCGCGAGGUCUCUGUUCAGCACGACCGCGCUCAACCGGCGGUAGGACGCGCGGGUGACUUGGACGGCCGUCGCUUUGUGGGAGCCUCGGGACACAGUGCUGACAUGACGGGGUCUCAAUCGUACGACUCCUUCUGGGUUCCUUCAACUGGAUGUCCGCGGGGUCGGAUCGCAUCCGUAGGUCUGGCGAGGGUACAUAGAUCACUCGAGGUUGGUAUAAGGAGCGAAUGCGACUCGAUUUGUAUACUGUACAUGCUAGCUUACACGAUCUUGACUGGUUGUAUGGAGUAACAUUGAAGAGAC